UCGUCAGCUGCUAGAGAAGCCUUUUCGACAACGGCCACCCACGCCAAAUCUUUGUUGUCACACCAAAAAGUCGGAGUGGGGGUGUCGACCAUGGCAAUACCCUGACACCGUACCUUCAAAGCUGAUUGAAUCAUAUUACGUGAGAGAGAUAAUAUUCCAAGAGAAACAAAAGAGAAACAUUUCGCAUAUUCGUUCAGAGAUUCAUAAAAAGUGAUCCCAACCCUUGGUCCAUCCAAUCCAUCAAUCGUUUUGAAGGGUAGCUGUCAAGCCAGAAGUGGUUCCGAAAACAAACACCUGAACAGGACUUUCAAUAUAACCAAUACUAGUUCACUCACCCAAGCUACCUGCCACUAUGGGAGGACAACAAUCCAAAAACUUCGAUGAUAACAGCCAUGAUGGUGGCGAGGGUGGCAUGUGCAGUCAAAACUGUGGAUUCCUGGGAAACAUUGUCAGGAUCACAAAACGAGCCAGUAUGGAUCUAAUAGGGUCUCCCCAACCUGAGACACCGAUGCAUCAACGAAGAAAACGAGCAGAGGUCAAGAAGACUCUUAAAAAGGAAGUCAGGUCGUCAGUCUAUGGGGGUUUGGAAAAGGAAGUGAUACCCGAACACGCGACAAACCAUGAAGAUCUUUUGGAGGUAUCAUCCACCAGCAGUAAUGCACAAGUCAUUGUUCAUGAGGGGCCGGAUUGUGAAAAGGAGCUGCAAAGAAAGUACCAACUCAUGGAAGUCCUGGGAGUUGGUUCUACCUCCACGGUGCAUCGAUGUUUGAACAAGGAUGAGGACAUCCUCUGUGCUUGUAAGAUUAUUGACAAGCUUCAAAUGGAGGACCGUUUUGCAGGAAUGAUGGCACAAUUCCAGACCGAGGUCGAAGCCCUGAGGAUGUUGCAACAUCCUUGUAUCAUUCAGUUGUACGAUGUUUAUUUGACCGAGGAAAAGAUAUACAUCGUCAUGGAACAGAUGGAGGGAGGUGAACUAUUUGAUUAUGUAGUGCAAAAGGGCACACUCAAUGAGGAAGAAGCCUCCAAAAUAGUACGUCGCGUCACCAGUGCAUUAGUCUAUAUGCAUGACAAGAACAUUGUUCACAGGGACCUCAAGCCGGAAAACCUCCUAUUAAAGAGAAAGCCCAGACCAACAGAAGAUGUCGAAGUUAAGAUUAUCGAUUUUGGGUUGUCGAAAGCCAUGGUAGAACCAGUGGCUAGGACCUUUCUGGGGACAAGGGGAUACCUUGCGCCAGAAAUGCUGCAGCGGAGAGAAUACACAAAGGCCGUGGAUACUUGGGCCCUGGGCGUGAUUGUGUUUGUUCUGCUAUGUGGGUGUCUGCCGUUCGACGACGACUCGAGCACGGUUCCCAGCGACGACCUAGUCAAGGCCAAGUUCGUGCUUCGCUUUCCUCGAUGGGCCAGCAACCUGUCGGCAUCCGCCAAGGACUUGCUCUCUCAUUUGCUGGAUACCGAUUCCAGGACUCGAUAUACGGCAGAACAAGCCCUGGCCCAUCCAUGGGUGCGUGGACAAACAGCACCUCGCAAAAACCUAUUGGCAUCACCGCGACGCAUUCGCGACAGUCCUCAUCUACGUACCCCACAAAGUUCCAAACGAAAAGGUGCCACUCCCAAUGGUCGGCGGAAGCAGCAAACCCAUCCUGCUGCAUCUCCAGAGUUGUCGCCCAAGGGACCCAUGGUACGAAAGCAGAGCAUUUAAACUGUGUGUGCGUCCCGUCAUGUUGAUAGACACCUACGCGCAACAAAGAUUCACCCUAAACAAAAGUUUUGGCACACAAAUUCAUGAUUUUGCAAUUUUGCACGAGAUACAUCUCCAAACCCAACAGCUAACAAUUAAAAGACGUAAACUUAUAAAGCAAGAAGAAGACAAUCCCCAGAUCAAACACCA